AUGAAGACAAAAGCUGGGAAACAAAAGAAGAGAAGUGUUGACUCGGAUGAUGAUGUCUCUAGGGAAAGGAGACCAAAGCGAGCAACAUCAGGCACAAACUUCAAGGAGAAAUCUCUCCGUUUCUCUGAAAAAUAUGAAACUGUUGAAGCCAAGAAAGAGCAGAUCGUGGGUGAUGACGAAAAGGAAGAAAAAGGUGUGAGGUUUCAAUCUUUUGGUCGGGUAGAGAACUGGACUAUAUCUGGUUAUGAAGAUGGUUCCCCGGUGAUAUGGAUCUCAACUGUGAUUGCGGAUUAUGAUUGCCGUAAACCUUCUAAGAAAUACAAGAAAUUAUAUGAUUAUUUCUUUGAAAAAGCUUGUGCUUGUGUGGAGGUAUGUAAGAACUUGUCCACGAAUCCUGAUACAAGUCUUAAAGAGCUUCUUGCUGCGGUUGUUAGGUCGAUGAAUGGAAGAAAGAUCUUUUCUAGCGGUGGAGUCAUCCAAGAGUUUGUUAUAUCCCAAGGAGAAUUCAUAUAUAACCAACUCGCUGGUUUGGAUGAAACAUCCAAGAAUCAUGAAACCAAAUUUGUUGACAAUCGUGUUCUUGUUUCUCUAAGAGAUGAGAGUCGUAAAAUUCACAAGGCUUUCUCCAAUGUUGCUCUGAGGAUUGAUGAGAGCAAGGUCUUGACAUCUGAUCAACUAAUGGAUGGUGGUGAGGACGAGGACCUAAAAUAUGCUAAACUACUGCAAGAGGAAGAACAUAUGAAAUCUAUGGAUCGGUCGAGAAAUAAGAGAAGUUCAACAACUUCUGCUCCAAAUAAGUUCUACAUUAAGAUAAAUGAAGAUGAGAUUGCCCAUGAUUAUCCUCUCCCAUCUUACUAUAAAAACACCAAAGAUGAAACAGAUGAACUUGUACUCUUUAAUGCGGGCUAUGCGGUUGAUGCGAGGAACCUACCUUGCAGAACACUUCACAACUGGGCACUUUACAAUUCUGAUUUAAUGUUGAUAUCUCUUGAGUUUCUCCCGAUGAAGCCAUGUGCUGAUAUCGAUGUCACCUAUUUGGGUCAGAUAAAGGAAUGGAAGAUUGAUUUUGGGGAAGACAUGAUAUUUGUUCUAUUACGAACAGAUAUGGCCUGGUAUCGGCUAGGGAAACCGUCAGAGCAAUAUGCUCCUUGGUUCGAACCUAUAUUGAAAACAGUAAGAAUUGGGACAAGCAUUUUGGCUUUGCUCAAGAAUGAAACAAGGAUGGCUAAGCUUUCAUAUACAGAUGUCAUAAAAAGACUAUGUGGGCUAGAGGAGAACGAUCAAGCUUACAUUUCUUCUACGUUCUUUGACGUUGAGAGAUAUGUGAUCGUCCAUGGACAAAUAAUAUUGCAGUUUCUUACAGAAUGUCCUGACGAAUAUAUCAAAAGGUGUCCAUUUGUUACUGGUCUUGCAAGUAAAAUGCAGGAUAGGCACCAUACAAAAUGGAUCAUCAAGAAGAAGAGAAAAAUGUUGCAAAAGGGAGAGAAUUUGAAUCUAAGGAGAGGCAAGGCACCUAAGGUAUCCAAGAUGAAAGCCAUGCAAGCAACAACAACUCGGCUUAUCAAUAGAAUUUGGGGUGAGUUUUACUCCAUUUAUUCUCCAGAAGAUCCGUUGGAGGAGAUUGGUGCAGAAGAAGAGUUUGAAGAGGUAGAAGAUGUUGAAGAGGAGGAUGAGAAUGAAGAAGAGGACACUAUACAAAAAGCUAUUGAGGUUCAAAAGGCUGAUACACUUAAGAAAAUCCGAGGUAGUUGUAAGGAAAUGGAAAUAAGAUGGGAAGGUGAAAUUCUUGGAGAAACUUGUGCUGGUGAGCCUCUCUAUGGACAAGCCCUUGUUGGAGGUAGAAAGAUGGAUGUUGGUGGGGCUGUCAUUUUGGAAGUUGAUGAUCAAGGUGAAACUCCAUUAAUCUAUUUUGUGGAGUAUAUGUUUGAGAGUUCAGAUAACAGUAAAAAGCUACAUGGGAAACUCUUACAAAGAGGAUCUGAGACUGUUCUAGGAACGGCUGCUAACGAGAGGGAACUUUUCUUGACUAAUGAAUGUCUUACUGUUCAGCUCAAGGACAUAAAAGGAACAGUAAGUUUUGAGAUUCGAUCAAGGCCGUGGGGUCAUCAGUAUAAGAAAGAGCACAUGGCUGCAGAUAAACUUGACCGGGCAAGAGCUGAGGAAAGAAAAGCUAAAGAUUUGCCAAUAGAAUACUACUGCAAAAGCUUGUACUCACCUGAGAAAGGUGGAUUCUUUAGUCUUCCAAGAAGUGAUAUGGGUCUAGGUUCUGGAUUCUGCAGUUCAUGUAAGAUAAGAGAGAAUGAAGAGGAAAGGUCAAAAACUAAACUCAAUGAUUCAAAGACAAGAUUUCUCUCCAAUGGGAUCAAGUAUUCUGUUGGGGAUUUUGUUUAUCAAAUCCCCAACUACUUAAGUAAAGAUAGGGGUAAAAGAAGGCCAGUGUUUAAGUAUGGUAGGAAUGUUGGGUUAAGAGCCUUUGUGGUUUGCCAAAUACUGGAUAUAGUUGACCUAAAAGAACCCAAAAAAGGUAAUACGACUUCUUUUGAGGUCAAAGUGAGACGGUUUUAUAGGCCCGAUGAUGUUUCUGCAGAAGAGGCUUAUGCUUCAGACAUACAAGAGGUUUAUUAUAGCGAGGACACAUAUAUUCUUCCUCCAGAAGCUAUAAAGGGAAAAUGCGAAGUUAUGAAAAAAACUGAUAUGCCCUUAUGUCGUGAGUAUCCAAUUUUAGACCAUGUCUACUUCUGUGACCGUUUUUAUGACUCAUCCAAUGGUUGUCUCAAGAAGUUGCCUUACAAUAUGAUGCUGAAGUUCUCUACUAUUAAAGACGACACACUUCUAAGGGAAAAGAAGACUGAAACUGGUUCUGCAAUGCUUCUGAAGCCCGAUGAGGUACCUAAAGGGAAGCGUCUAGCUACACUAGAUAUUUUUGCCGGAUGUGGUGGCUUGUCUUAUGGACUAGAAAAGGCUGGUGUAUCCGAUACAAAGUGGGCGAUCGAGUAUGAAGAGCCAGCUGCACAAGCUUUCAAACAAAACCAUCCCAAAACAACGGUUUUUGUUGACAACUGCAAUGUAAUUCUUAGGAUCAGUUGGUUGAGAUUAUUAAUUAAUGACAGGGCUAUAAUGGAGAAAUGUGGAGAUGUUGAUGAUUGUAUCUCUACUACGGAGGCAGCUGAACUUGCAACGAAACUUGAUGAGAACCAGAAGAGUACCCUACCACUUCCCGGUCAAGUGGAUUUCAUCAGUGGAGGGCCUCCGUGCCAGGGGUUUUCUCGUUUAAAUAGGUUCAGUGACGGCUCUUGGAGUAAAAACCAGUGUCAAAUGAUAUUAGCAUUCUUGUCUUUUGCUGACUAUUUCCGGCCAAAGUAUUUUCUUCUAGAGAACGUGAAAACCUUUGUGUCAUUCAAUGAAGGACAUACAUUUCAUCUUACUGUAGCUUCUCUUCUUGAAAUGGGUUACCAGGUGAGAUUUGGACUCUUGGAGGCAGGAGCAUAUGGAAUAUCUCAACCUCGUAAAAGAGCUUUCAUUUGGGCUGCUGCACCAAACGAAGUUCUUCCGGAAUGGCCAGAGCCCAUGCAUGUUUUUAAUAAUCCGGGUUUUAAAAUCCCACUAUCUCAAGGUUUGCAUUAUGCGGCUGUUCAAAGUACUAAAUUUGGUGCACCUUUCCGUUCAAUCACUGUGAGAGACGCGAUUGGUGAUCUUCCACCAAUAGAAAGCGGAGAAUCCAAGAUAAACAAAGAGGAGAUGAGAGGAAGCAUGACUGUUCUCACUGAUCAUAUAUGUAAAAAGAUGAACGAACUAAACCUCAUUCGCUGUAAGAAAAUCCCUAAGACACCCGGUGCUGAUUGGCGUGACCUACCAGACGAACAUGUGAAUUUAUCAAAUGGGAUUGUGAAAAACAUUGUUCCCAAUUUGUUAAACAAAGCUAAGGACCACAACGGUUAUAAGGGACUCUAUGGUAGACUGGACUGGCAUGGCAAUUUACCCACUUGCAUCACCAAUCUUCAGCCCAUGGGGUUGGUGGGAAUGUGCUUCCAUCCUGACCAGGACAGAAUUAUCAGUGUUCGUGAAUGCGCCCGAUCUCAGGGGUUUCCGGAUAGCUAUAAGUUUUCAGGAAAUAUAAAAGACAAACAUAGGCAGGUUGGAAAUGCAGUCCCUCCACCAUUAGCGUUUGCUCUUGGUCGGAAGCUUAAAGAAGCCCUACACCUUAGGAACAUCUAA